AUGCCCGGACUACCUGGCUUCUCCGAUAACCCUUUUCGGAGUCGUACCGAUAUGUUACGUGCGGCCACAGCCAUCAUCAAGCCGUUAGAACAAUACAGAUCAAAAUCAAAAGCUCGCGUUAAGCUCUACCCUUCAACUGCUGUAGCCUUCGAUGAUGUCUCUGCUCAACUUGAGGGUUUUGCUCGCCCAUUGUGGGCUAUAUCAGCUCUCUUUGAUGAAAGCACUGACCCAACUUUGAGAUCCUGGCUCAAAGGCAUUGAAGCUGGGGUAGAUCCGCAAAGUCCUGAAUACUGGGGCAAGCUAGGUUCUUUUGACCAGCGAAUGGUCGAGAUGGAGUCAAUAGCUUUUGCCUUGCUAAUGGCUCCUGAAUUUGCUCUAUGCCUGAGUGCAGAAUGCAAGAAGAAUCUGGAAGAAUGGCUGCAACAGAUAAAUCAUCACACCAUGCCACAGAAUAACUGGCGAUGGUUCCGAGUCCUGGUGAAUCUGGCAUUGACAAACGUGCUGGGAACAGACAAAACGCAAGCAAGACGAUUUAUGGAAUCUGACUUGAACGUUCUUGAUCAAUUCUACAUUGGUGAGGGUUGGUCAUCGGACGGAGUUUGGGGGGAAGACAGGAAGCAAGCAGACUAUUACUCUGGGAGUUUUGCGAUUCAGUUUGCACAACUUCUCUAUAUCCGCUUUGCAGACGAUGAAGAGAGAGUUUCGAGAUAUCGCCAACAAGCAAUAGAUUACGCCUCUGAAUACUGGAGAUUCUUCGACACAGACGGUGCUGCUAUUCCCUUUGGGAGAAGUAUGACUUAUAGAUUCGCAUGCGGAGCUUUCUGGGCAGCUAUCGCUCUCGCAAAUGUAUGCACACCAGCCGUCAGCUUGGGGACAGCCAAAGGAUUGCUCUUACGGCAUUUAAGAUGGUGGUCAAAACAGCCAGAAAUCUUCAACUCGGACGGCACGAUGAAUAUUGGUUUUACAUACCCCAAUAUGUACUUGUCUGAAGACUACAAUUCCAGACAGUCGGUCUAUUGGUGUUUAAAGCCAUUUGUUGUUCUUGGUCUAUCACCACAUCACCCAUUCUGGACUAUUGAAGAGGAACCCCAUCCGAUGGCGAGGCAUCUAGAUGAACUUCCUCCCCCAGGGUCUUUAAGGGUUUUUGCGCCUGCCUGCCAGAUACUGUGUAGCUCUAUGGAGCAUCACUACCUCUUAUCUGCAGGGCAAAUGACGACAAAGAAGUUCAAAGCUAGGGAAGCCAAGUACGGCAAGUUUGCCUACUCGUCCUCUUUUGGAUACAGCGUUCCGACUGGGUUGGAGCUUCACCAGGUGGCACCUGACAGUACGUUGGCCAUCAGCUUCGACGAAGGUGAGAGCUGGAAAGUUAGAUGGCAGCCCAGCGAGGUUCGUAUCUACACUUUGCCUAUCGAGACUAAGAAAGGCACUGUUGGUCUGCCUGCCAUAGCGAGCACGUGGACGCCAAUAAAGAAACUCGGUUUAUCUAUUAGGACGACCCUAGUACCCUUGGCUUCGCAUUACCCAGGCUGGCACAUUCGUGUUCAUCAGAUCACUGGCCUCGAAACAGUAAAGAUCCCUUGGUGUGACAGCGUUCGACUAGUGGAUAGUUCCUUUGCUAUAAAUAGUUGGAGUGAGCAAGGCUAUCACAUCACUUCUUCGUCUAGCACUGAAGACCUCACUGAAGGCUAUAUUACUGAUACGACAAGUGUGCUGAUCAAGUCUCGAAGUGGCGGGAGUGGCAUUGUUGAUUUGACACCAAAGAUCGUCUCUAAGGUAGUCGAUGAGGAUGGAUCUCAGUUCCGAGGCAGGGGGCAUCUCAUUGAAGCAGACCCCAAUACCAACCUCAUUGCGCAGAGAACUUUUAUUCCAUCGAUUCAAUAUACUCACCAAAUCGUCGAUAACAGAGAAUCGCCACCGACUGGCCCAUCAACCAUACUCGCGACUGCAGUCUUUGGAGUCAACAGUAUGAACGUGGACAGCAAAAGGAUAUCGGAAAUGUGGGCGAUGAGACCCAGGGUUCAAGUUGAUGCAAUCUCAACUGGUCAUAUCAGUAUUAUGGUCUUGUAG